CUAAUCAAUAGCAUUGUUUGGAGCACUUUUUUUAUUUAGCAUGAACUUUCUUGCUGCAUAAACUAGUAUAUACGCACAAGUGUGUAUCACGAGGUCCUGUUAAAGUAAUUUUUUUCAUUGCCAAGGUCAAAAUCUGUGGAUAUGUGGGUUCGAAUCUUAGAUUUUUGGUCUACAAGUUAAGGUUUUUUUUACCCAAUUAGACCUAUUGGUUAUGUUUUUUAGUAGUUUACAUGGCUAACAUUUGGUUGAUGCACAACCAUAUAAUCAAAAGGCAUGACUUGUAUGAUUAAAAGUUUUCAACUGUUACUACAAGUACUAAAUACACCCCAAAAUUGAGCAACUCAAAACAGUGGCUCCUGUUGAUCCGUUUGGAACAAAAUAGAAGUUACGUGUGUGAGUUGAAAGUUGAAGGAGAGGAGGGAGAAAGUGCUUUUGGUGGGUCACUACACUAAAAAUAUCAAAAGUUGGGAGAGAUUUUCAAUAUCUUUGAAGUUCAGUCAAGUUGGAUGAAAAUUUGGCGUGUGUGUUGCACACAGGCAAAUAUUGCAUUUGGCGGUUGACGUUUGAGUCUUCUUGGGUCUAUUAGACCACGUGGCCUUGCACUUUCUUGCCACAGAAUUGCUAUAUAUACCCCCACCUCCCAUUUCCAUUUUGCAUACCGACUUCAAUUCUCUGUACUUCAUUUGGGUUUCUGUAGCUCUUCUUGGGGUGUGUUUAGUGUGACAUUCUAAGUGUCAGUUCAUUGUGUUGAAGCAGAGAGAGCUAAACAAGCUCGUAUAACAAGUCUUAGAUCAAUUAAAGAACAAAACCCAUCUCUUUGUUUUCCUUCCUUUUUUAUAGAUUUUGAGUGCAUAGAGCUAAAGACUUGUUCUUUUAUCGUACACAAAUUAAAAGGCUUGAACUUUUGUGUCUUUUAUGACAAAGAUGGGUGACAAUACAAAGAACCAGCAGCUUCAUCACCACCAAAUUUUUGACGUCUCAGUUGAUGUGCCUCCACAAGGAGGCUCCAAGUGCUUUGAUGAUGAUGGUCGUCUCAAACGAACUGGAACUGUUUGGACUUCAAGUGCUCACAUCAUUACUGCUGUGAUUGGUUCUGGUGUUCUUUCCUUGGCUUGGGCCACAGCUCAGCUUGGAUGGGUUGCUGGUCCUUCUGUCAUGCUCUUGUUCUCCUUUGUCACUUACUACACUUCCACUCUUCUCUCUGCUUGCUAUCGUUCCGGCGAUUCUGUCACUGGAAAGAGAAACUAUACUUACAUGGAUGCUGUUAGAUCGAACCUUGGUGGAGCUAAGGUCAAAAUCUGUGGAUAUGUCCAGUACUUGAACCUUUUUGGAGUUUCCAUUGGCUACACAAUAGCAUCAUCUAUAAGCAUGAUGGCAAUAAAAAGGUCUAACUGCUUCCACAAGAGUGGUGGGAAGAAUCCAUGCCAUAUAAACAGCAACCCCUAUAUGAUUGCUUUUGGCAUCACAGAAAUUAUUUUCUCUCAAAUUCCAAACUUUGAUCAACUUUGGUGGCUCUCCAUUGUUGCUGCAGUCAUGUCCUUCACUUAUUCAACAAUUGGACUUGGCCUUGGAAUUGCUCAAGUUGCAGCAAAUGGAAACAUCAUGGGAAGCAUGACUGGAAUAAGUAUUGGCACUGUGACUCCAAUGCAAAAGAUGUGGAGGAGUUUCCAAGCACUUGGUGACAUAGCUUUUGCAUACUCUUACUCUCUCAUCCUUAUUGAAAUUCAGGACACAAUAAGAUCCCCACCAUCUGAAUCCAAGACAAUGAAGAGGGCCACUCAAAUUAGUGUGGCAGUCACUACCCUUUUCUACAUGCUCUGUGGCUGCAUGGGAUAUGCUGCUUUUGGAGACUUAUCCCCUGGAAACCUCCUCACUGGUUUUGGUUUCUAUAACCCAUACUGGCUCCUGGACAUAGCCAAUGCUGCUAUAGUAGUCCACCUUGUUGGUGCAUACCAAGUCUAUGCUCAGCCUCUUUUCGCCUUUGUUGAGAAAACCGCAGCACAAAAAUUCCCAGAUAGCGAUUUCAUCACGAAAGACAUCAGACUCCAAAUCCCUGGAAUCGGUCCUUACAACCUUAACCUCUUCAGAAUGAUUUGGAGGACAGCUUUUGUGAUCAUAACCACUGUGAUCUCCAUGAUCCUCCCCUUCUUCAACGACGUGGUUGGACUUCUCGGGGCUUUUGGGUUUUGGCCACUCACAGUUUACUUCCCCGUGGAGAUGUAUAUUGUUCAAAAGAAGAUCCCAAAGUGGAGCACAAGAUGGCUUUGCCUCCAAAUCCUAAGUGUUGCUUGCCUUAUAAUAACCAUAGCAGCUGCUGCUGGCUCAAUUGCUGGGGUGGUCAGUGAUCUCAAGGUCUACAAGCCAUUCAAGACCAGCUACUGAUUUAGCAGGAUUUAACCAACUGCCCAUUUACUCAGCAUUUCCUAAAUCAGGGAAGGAAAGAGAAUUGGUCGUUGGGGUCAAUUCUUGUUCAUGUUCAUAUAACAAAGCAUAAAUUGGUGGUGUUGAUGUUAGUUUUUGUUGCUUAGUGUCUCUGUGUUGGUUUUUACUGUCUUCGAAAAAAGAAAAGGCGGUGCCAUGUAUGUAUUCAUCUGAAAUCAAAUCAAGAGUACUUCCCAUUUCCCAAGUAA